AUGGCGGGGAAGGAAGAUUUGCCUGGCAGUCUAGCCCCUCUGAUGGCGAAGUUCAUUGCUCUGGAGGAAAAGUACUCGGGGUUGGAAGAACGUUUCAACAAACUCCAGGAAGAGAGUUCUAUUUCCAAAUCGCUUGCCUUAGGCACUUUGAAAAUAGUAGCGUCCGACGGGGCUGGUCUAAUUCCGCCAUGUACCAUGACUCAAGGUAACAGGAUGGAAAAGACUGUGCCACCAGUGUUAAUUGACCUGAGUCAUCCUCCUUCACGUGCAAAGGUCGUAAUCAGCAGAAUAGACACGGAAACUGGAGAGCGUAAAGACCAACCUGCUUACGAGCCCAUUUUAUCGGCACCUUCCGAUACUGUAGAAAAGUCUCAAGCCUUUAUUUUGAGAAAGAUUAUUGCCGAUCCGGAUCAGAACGAGGGGAACUACAGCCAAGUUGAAAUUACAAGCGAUGGUCUAUGGAAUCUGCUCAAGCAGAUUCUUAAUCAUUGGCUUGACCAUGUUUUCGAUGGCUCCCCAGUGCUACUUUACUCUCUUUACGAACCUCUUGUCCUGUACUGGGAUGACUUGAAUAACGCAGCGGAAAAAGAAGUAGAAGAUGCGGUCGAGAAACAAGCACGUGCUGAUCUCAAACUUCUUCUAGAAACAAUAGGUAGUGGCUCAGGGGAUGCGAAACUCGAUAAGUAUCUCAAAAGCCGUAAAUCCAACAUGGACCAAAGAACAGUGACGUAUGAAACACUCUGGACUAUUUUCGCUCCCGGGACCCUGGUAUAUGGUCGCUUUUUCCAAGGUGAAGAUCAAUUAUUUCUUGUCUACGAAAGCGAAUGGCUUUGGCCACUAAUAAAUGCACGUCCUAGAUACUGGGAACUCACAGUCUGGUCGUACGACUGGAAUGGAAGAAUAUUCAAGCAAUCCCCUGCAAUACUUAAAAUAGAGGCCUUCGAGGGUCAGAAAGCGAUCUCCUCCUUGAGCGUUUUUCCACUUAAGUUUCAUGACGAUGUUGAGAACCGUAUGUUUGAUUAUGGGGGACCAGCAAUAUUUGAACAGAGAGGCUUUUUAAACGCUCAGGAUGAUGAUGACAGGGACGAUCCAUCUCAAUUAUCGUCCGAAUACAGGAAGAAAAUCAACCGAUGCUUAGCAGAUUUGAGUUCGGCGAAUUCAAAGUCGGUUAAUAUUGAAGGCAGAGUCAUGAUCGAUUUUGAAUCUUACUUUCGUUAUGGGCCGGCCUUUGCUCGGAUUGGCGCAUUGAUACCACAACUCAAUUUCGAUGAAUGUAGAUGCCAUGCAUGCCAAAAAAACCUUCCUCUUCGAGAGAAACUAAGGACUAGAUUUGACGAAGAAGCUCAUCAGAAAGGCGCAUGGCAUGAUGAGCAUCAUGGAACGAAAUCGGAGGAAGGCGAAGAACAGGAGCUGGAGGUAGAUGAUAUUUUUGCCAAAAAAGGGAAAGGAUUGGUUAUUCUUCUAUACGGUCCACCGGGUGUAGGUAAAACAACCACCGCAGAGACAGUUGCCAUUGCCGCCCGCAAGCCUCUAUUCUCUAUAAGUGUAGCAGAUGUGGGAGAUAAAGCAAAGAAGGUAGAAAAGAACCUCGCCAAAAUAUUCUCGCUGGCUAGUUUCUGGCAAGCUAUACUGCUCAUCGAUGAGGCAGACGUGUUCCUUGAGAGCAGAGGACAAGGGGCAGCCAGUAACGUUGAGAGGAAUUCGCUCGUCUCCGUAUUUCUGCGCGUUCUCGAAUACUACCAGGGAAUUCUCAUGCUUACCACCAAUCAAAUCGCACAAUUUGACGUGGCGAUAAAGUCUCGUAUCCAUGUAGCAUUUAAAUACGAAGAACUCACUCCAGACCAGGCACUGGCUAUAUUCAACGGAUUUCUUCAGCCGCUUGACAAAAAGGGUUGA